CUGAACAACACACACAUACACACACACUGAAGCCUGAAGCACUGAGUCUGGAGUAACACUGGGAUUGGAGGGGGAACUGCACCUGUCCCGCACCCAAGAGACACGGACACACACAGGGAAACACUCAGGGGAGAUACCAGCCGGCUCUAUGUGUGGCUGGGAUCAAGGUUUAGCGGCUGCCUCUCAGCAUAGCAAAGCCAUGUUGACCACCGAGGGGGCGCCACAUACAGCAGACCACGCCAUGGAGGACAAGAAGAUGGACGUACAGGACGCCGACAUGACCGCCUGGACGGAGGCCGACUUUGAGGAGAAGUGCACCUACAUUGUGAAGGACCACACCUGGGAGGGCGGCCCCGAGGCUCACCCGGACCUGAGCCGCGCCGAAGCCUCGCUGCCCCGCAACCUGGCCUUCAAGCACCCGACAAACACCAAAGAGGUCACUGGUGUUGUAAGCAGAGAAUACAUCCCCAAGGGAACUCGCUUUGGCCCCCUAGUGGGCGAAGUCUACACUGCAGAGAAUGUCCCCAAAGACGCGAACAGGAAGUACUUCUGGAGGAUUUAUUCGGAGGGCAAGUUCCACCACUUUGUGGACGGUCUGGACGAGGAGAAGAGCAACUGGAUGCGCUACGUCAACCCGGCCCACUCGGAGCAGGAGCAGAACCUGGCCGCCUGCCAGAACGGCAUGAGCAUCUACUUCUACACGGUCCAGGCCAUCCCCGCGGGCCAGGAGCUGCUGGUGUGGUACUGCCCGGAGUUCGCCCGACGCCUCCACUAUCCCGCCUCUGGGGAGAUCAUGAUGCAGAAACUAAAAGCGAGCCUGAUGGAGGCGAAGCAGCAGGUGACGGAGGAGGCGGUGAAGCCGGUGAAGAGGGAGCACAGCGUGCUGGAGAUCCUGAAGGACACCAAGCGAGAGCCCAGCCGCCCGCUGGCCACGCGCCCGCCCCACUGCCCCGACAGCCCCGAGCGGCCGCUCUACCCGCGCGCCGUCUACCCCAUCCGGCCGCAGCCGCACCCGCACUCGCACCUGCAGCACCUGAAGGCCAGCCCGCCGUUCGGCUACCCGGCCCGCUCGCCCGGACAGUCCUCGGCCACGCCCAGCCCGGACGCCCGCAGCAGCCCCGAGCGCAGCCCGCACCACCACCACCACCACCACCACCGCCGGCGCAGCGCGUCCCCGCCCAGGUCCGCCCCGCCGCACGAGCCCAGAGACGGCUUCCCGGCCGGCCUCCACCCGGGCCUCUACGGCCGCGCCCUGGGCCCCUUCCCCGGCUACUCGCCGCCCGGCGCCCUGCCCUCGCCGUUCUACUCCGGCCCCCAGUACCCGCGCUACCUCCUGCCCCCGUACGGGCCGCCGUCGGUGGGCAACGUGUUCCCCCGCAUGUACCCGCUCUACAGCGGCCUGCUGCCCACGCACAUGCCCCUCCCGCCGGGCAUGCUCCCGUCCGAGGCCGACGCCGUGCGCCGCCGCUUCCUGCUCCCCCCCUCCGCCGCCGCCGACGUGGGCCGUCCCGACUUCCUGGUGCCGGCCCCGACCAGCGCCUUCUCGGCCGCCACGUCCCUGAAGGACAAGCCCGCCGGGCACCACCCCCACGCGCCCUCCAGCGGCUCGCCCACCGCCGGCUCGGCGGCCUCGGGGGACCGGCUGCCCACCAAGCCCACCUCGGCCCUGCUGGGUCCGGCCGACCCGCGGAGCGACGGCGAGGAGGCCAUCAACCUGAGCAAGAUGAAGCGCGGCGGCAGCUCCACCGGCUACAAGACGCUGCCCUACCCGCUCAAGAAGCAGAACGGCAAGAUCAAGUACGAGUGCAACGUCUGCAGCAAGACCUUCGGCCAGCUGUCCAACCUCAAGGUACAUCUGCGGGUCCACAGUGGAGAACGGCCCUUUAAGUGUCAGACCUGCAGCAAGGGGUUCACCCAGCUCGCCCACCUGCAGAAGCACUUCCUUGUCCACACCGGCGAGAAGCCUCACGAGUGCCAGGUGUGUCACAAGCGCUUCAGCAGUACCAGCAACCUGAAGACGCACCUGCGUCUGCACUCGGGCGAGAAGCCCUACCAGUGCAAGAUGUGCCCGCAGAAGUUCACGCAGUUCGUGCACCUGAAGCUGCACAAGCGGCUGCACACGCGCGAGCGCCCGCACAAGUGCCCGCGCUGCCAGCGGAGCUACAUCCACCUGUGCAGCCUGCGCCUGCACGCCAAGGGCUACUGCCUGGCGCCCGGCGGGCCGCCGCCCGCGCCCGGCUGCACGCUGGACGAGCUGGCGCGCAUCAACGAGGAGAUCGAGCGCUUCGACAUCACCGACCACGCCGACAAGCUGGAGGAGAUGGAGGGCGGCGUGCUGGAGCCCGAGGUGGAGAAGCAGAUCCUGAGCAUGCUGUGGCGCGAGCUGGCGUCGCCCUUCCACGCCGAGACGCUGCACCUGUCUCCGGUGCCGGCGGGCUUCGCGCCGUACCAGCCCAGCGGCGAGGUGUCCGUCAUCAAGCUCCGCCGCAGCAGCCCCCAGCCCCUGCUCCCCGUCAAGGUCAAACAGGAGACCGUGGAGGCCAUGGAGUCCUAAAAAGCAACCUGUACUUACCACCACCACCACCACCACUACUUACAAGAAAAGAAGUAACCACUGAAUCACACUCGUAGAGGCACACACACACACACACACACACACAAGCACACCACCCAACCCAAGCCUGUUUUACUGACUAACAACCAGGCGCUUUGGGAGAAGGUGGCAACAAGUAAUGAGUUGUAAAUUAUUUUCCUUCUUGGGUUUUUUUUUUUUUUUUUUUUUUGGUUGACGGCAACCGAGGCUCUGGUUCUGUCUUCAGGGACUUCAGUACUCAGGGCUCAAAGACACUGUCCAAAGACUGCGAGCAGUCCACUCCAGAGUGUCCUACACUUAAGACAAAGACAAUCAUCUUUCCUUAAUUUCAUAUGACUAUUUUAAUAUCAUUGUUGUUGACAUUGUUAUUGUUGUUGAUGUGGAUGUUGUUGUUAUUAAUAUUAUUGUCUUGUUAUUUUUUGGUUCAAUGUAGUAAGUAACCUCCUUAAUUUAUUAUGCAAUUUUGUUGUCCUUUGAAAGCAAUACUUGGAAAAUAAUGUUUACAAUGACUGGGUAAAUUCAUUGUAAUGGACUAUUUUCUUAUUUUUCUAUGUGAUCAUACUUUUUUUGUAGAUAUUUUUCUUUUGUUCUGCCUGUCUUAGCUCUGUCACAUCGGCCUGAGGCAGAGAUAGGGAGCGUCCUAUGCUGAAGGUGUGCCCUUUGACAACAGGGAUGGGACAGCUCUUCAGUUGAAGCUUUUUUUCCUGUCUGGCCAAAGGUGGACAUUUGAAAUGUUGUAUUCCCAACUCGUUUCAAAAUCAAAAGGAAAAAAGGCGUCUGUAAUGCAUGCUCUUAGAGGAUUGUUUGUUGUUUUGGAGCUCUACUUAUUCUAUAUGAGGCAUUUUGUACAUAUUAUUUUUUAAAACAACAGUUACCUCAGUGUGUAUGUAUGUAUGAGUGUAUCUGUAUGAGUGUAUGCGUGUGUUUGUGUGUGUGCGUAUGUGUGUGUGUUUGUGUGUGUGAAUGUCCAGAAGGAAGUAGAAGCAGGAAGCACAUAUGAUAUUUAUUGCUUUGCUACUUGAAGAUGAAAACCAAAAUGUUCCGGAGUGCAGCUCUCCAAUGCGGCCCAAAGAGCAGGAGUUUGUUCACAUGUAGCAUGUCAGCGGUGGCAACGCCGACCAGACGUCUCUGAAUCAGCCCUAGCGUUCUUUGCAAAAACCACAACCAAAAAAAAAAAAGGAGGCAAAAACAAAACAGAAAAAACGUCCAAAUGGGGCUAGUUACCAAAGUUCAGUCUCAUUCUUUCUUUCUUUGACACCAAAAAAACCUAAAUUAUUGAAAAGCAAUAAUUAUUUGUUUGUAUGGCUCUGAAUUUACCCCCCACCCCCACUCCACCCUAGCUCCACCCUACCUGAAUCCCCCCACCCUUUGCUCUCCUGGACGGCACAGACCGAAGCACCUCAGCCUUUGAAUGCACUGGUUUUCCCUCCUCUGUCUUGUGCCCAUACUUUUCACCACACAUAACAUUAGUCAGCAGUCUCAGUCUUGUAGACAGUAUUCUGUCACCAAAGGAAGCAUUGUGUGCCCUAAAAGCAGUAGCAUCUCAAUUUCUUUCGUUUUGUUUUUUUCCCCCUCCCCAACCUGUCUUCAUCCUGAAGUAUGACCAAAGUUUUCCUUCAUCUUCAGCUUUAAACUAUAGAAGAAACAACUGUCUCUAUGUUUACAUAGCUAUUUAAGUGCAACAUGUCCAUGUAAAUUAUAUAAAUGUUCACUGUUCUAAUCA